CUUCAUAAUUCAAAGACUGAUAAAAUAUGCCUGUGCGAAGAGCUCUACACGCAGGAAGUUGGUAUACUGAUUCAGGCUCUGAACUAUCCAGGCAGUUGGAUUAUUGGCUCAAUCAAGCUGAUUUAAGCCAUGGACCUGCAAGAGCUAUUAUUGCCCCACAUGCUGGAUAUCAGUACUGUGGAGCUUGUGGGGGUCAUGCUUACAGACAAAUAAGUCCACUUGUUGUACGUCGAAUAUUCAUUUUGGGACCCUCUCACCAUGUUCGUCUAUCAGGUUGUGCCUUGUCUAGUGCACAGAUGUAUAAAACACCCCUUUAUGAUUUACAUGUUGAUUCGCAGGUUAAUAGCGAAUUAGAAAUGACUGGUCAGUUUGAGUGGAUGGAUUUGGAUACUGAUGAAAAUGAGCACAGUAUUGAAAUGCACCUACCUUAUAUUGCUAAAGUUAUGGAAAAUUACAAAAAUCAGUUUUCUAUUGUCCCUAUACUUGUGGGGUCUCUCAGUCCAGAUAGAGAAGCUUGUUAUGGAAGAAUAUUGUGUAGUUACCUAGCUGAUCCAAAAAAUUUGUUUGUUAUAUCUUCGGAUUUCUGCCAUUGGGGACACAGGUUUCGAUAUACAUAUUAUGACCGCUCUUAUGGAAAUAUAUAUCAGUCAAUUGAAGGACUGGAUCGUGUGGUGAGUAAUAUCUUUCAAAACCUUUGCCAUUCAACCAGUUACUUAGAUUUGCUGCAUAGGUUUGCCAACAUACUGUUUCCAACCAUUUUUUUCAUUUCUUUUCAGGCAAUACAAGAAUUACUCAGGAAUGAUAGUAGUCAAAGUGCCAGUUUGAAAUUUUUGAAGUAUGCCCAAUCAAGCCAGUGUCGCAAUAUGAACGAUUCAUCUGUAAGCUACGCCUCAGCAGCUUUAGUGCUAGAUUAGUACAAAUGUGGCCUUAAAAUGACUCACCAGAAUUUUUAGUAGCCAGCUUGGAAUUAAUUGUAGAACCUGAAAACUGUCCAAAGAGUUGUUUGAAUUUAUGGAAACUGUAAUCACACAGUAUUGCAUACAAUUUUCCCAUUCCUUACUCGAUUGCUAUCCCAACAUAUAUUCAUUUCAUUUUUUUUAACUCCAUUUUUUUUCUUUGAUAUUUAGUUCGUGAUCAAAAAUAAUAUUUUUAUAAAGUAUUGUGUGAUUCAAUUAUUCUAAUAGUUCUUUGGAUAAGUGGUAUGCUAGCCCAUUAUUAUGCCAAUAAUAUGAUUUAUUUUUAAAU